AUGACCCCCCUCUACAGCAUGGUGUUUGCCUUCUUCGUGCAUGAUACUGUUCGCGACGGCCGGGAACCGCAGGUCAUGGACCCCAAGCCCAGUCUCCUCGAGCACUUCUAG